CCGUAAAGGAGUCAAACACACCUUAGCUAUUAAAAAGCCAAGCCAUCUUCAAGAGAAAAAAAGACUCCGUCCUGACACAGAAUAUGCACUGGCAAAAAUCUUCUGCUCCAGAACAGCCGCCACAGCCUCGCCCCUAUCAAGGUGUCCGUGUGAAAGAGCCAGUGAAGGAGCUAUUGAAAAGGAAACGGGGAAAUGUUCACAAUGCUGGUGCAACGGCAGCUACAACGGUGGUUUUGCCCCAUCAACCACUUCCUUCCUAUUCACCAAUGGGCCAGCCUUGCAUUGAUAUGGAUGUUCCUGCCUCUGCCUUGCCUGUCACAGAUGAAGGAGCACUCUGUUCUGGCUGGAUCUCCCAGCCCUCUCCCACAUCCUUACAGCCUUUGACUCAGUGGACCACUUACCCUGAUUAUGUACCCCACGAAGCAGUCAGCUGUCCAUACACAGCAGAUAUGUAUGUUCAGCCUAUGUGUCCCAGUUAUACGCUGGUUGGACCUUCAUCGGUUCUGACUUACACUUCUCAACCUCUGAUCACCAAUUUUGCACCCCGAAGCACCACCCCCGCUGUAGUGCCUCAGCUGGAGGUGACGGAUCAGCAGCCACCUCUCACGUACUUCCCGUGGGCACAGCCCCUCUCUGCACUGCCAGCCUCCACUUUGCAGUACCAGCCGGCCCCUUCCACGCUUUCUGGGCCACAGUUUGUGCCCUUGCCCAUCUCCAUUCCUGAACCAGCCCCUCAGGAGCUGGAGGAUGCCAGACGAGUGAUUGGCACGCUGCCCAUUGAGAAGCUGCUUCUAGAAGAUGAAGACAAUGAUACGUAUGUUUUAAACCAUGCUCUCUCUGUUGAAGGGCUUUAGGUUGCACAUCUGGGACCUGGUCCUCACCUACUCAGUACUCUGCCUGGCACUACAGGGAGUUUUGAGUACAGAGGAAAAGCACACUGGAGCGUGGGGGGGGACUUUACUUGUGAUUUCAGUGUCCACCUCUAGCACGCCAUGACUUGUGUAUUGUGUGAAACUUGCUUUGUCCUGAGGCUGAGCACAAGAUUUCUCUGCUGUUACAGUUCCUGUUGCCCCUCCCAGCUAGGCUUUUGAUACUGCCUAGUUCUUGUGCUCAGCGUCAGCACGAGGUGACUUUCACUCUCAGACACAGGGCAUGAUCUUAAAUUGACAUACUAUAGCGUAGCUGUGGCCAACUAUAGCAUUUGGUGAGGGUACACUUGCCUCUAAAUAUUGGCAAGACCUAGUUCAGUAGGACUGCUUUCCAGAGCUCAGUGUGAAUGCCUUGUGUGUCUUUGUCCUUUCUGUGGAGAAGCCUCUACCUGAUCUAAGCCAUUAGAAAACAUUUGGGGGGCCUAAAAUGAAUUUUUUUUUUUCCUAAGGUGAACUCCUGCUUCAGAAAAUAGCAAAAAUGUAAAGUGUAUUUUUUUUCUACCAAUGCAUUGCGAAGACAGGGUCUUCCAAAUCUGGACUUCAGAGAAUUCAUGACAUUACUAUUAGCCAGCAAUACUUUUGCUUGUUCUCUAGCAUUUGAGCAUAAAGUCGGUGAUGUCGUGCUGAGCCAAGGAACCUUAGUGACCACUCUUGUGCCUUACUGCUAUGGAAGGUUUCUCUGUGCUCUAAUCUCCCAGGCCCACAGGUGCACACAUUUUCAUUGUAGCUUUCUGAUUUUCUUUCCUGGAGAAUAAGUAGCUUUACUUCUUGGUCUGACACAACUGUAAAUAUUAUUGUUGAUGUUCAGGAGUGCCAUGCCACAGGCAAAUAUAUUUGCAGGAGAUAUAUCCCAUUCUAACUCUGUUUAUUGUUUUCUUAAUAAACAAGGGGCUCUUAGCUGGUGAAAACAAUUUCUCUGGGUUUUUCUGCUUUCUAAAGCCCAGGAUCCUUAGGUGAUUUUAUUGUCUGCAAGAUGAACUGCAGAAUAAUUUAUUGCACUGUUUAUUAACUGGUAUCCAACGCUCCAUUUGCCACCUAGGCAGUAUUUUAAGUGACCUUACAGUUUAUGCCUGAGUGAGGUUUGCAAGCUCAGGUUGAAAGUCUUGAGGACUUCCAAAGCAUGUUUUGUUAUUUGAUAUUGACAAAUCUGGAAGACAUAAGCAAUAGAUCAUGUAAGUGAUCAUAAAGUUGUUUGAAAAUAGCAGGAGUUCAGGUGCAUUGAAAUUAGUGGCUUACAUUUGCAGAAAAACCCAGCAAAGAAAUUAAUUAGAAGGAGCUUAGUUCACCACUGCUUAUUCCAGUUUUAUAAGUACAAAGAGAUUCAGUAGGUAAAACUGGGAUAAUGCAGCUGUGAAUCAAGCCUGUGGUUGCUAAGAUUGCUUUUCAAUUUCUUCUACUCCGUUGUAUGUAAAUUCUGUGUGUGAAUAUAAAACAAUGAACUGUUUCAGAAUUUCUUUCUGGGUUGUUCUGAUUAGAAAAAGACAAAAUCUUUUUCA